AUGAUGUGGAUGACAAUUCGGUGGGAUUCCCACGGAGCUUGGAACGACGAGCGUGGCACACUAAAGGAGGUCGGGCUUUGGGAGCAUGAGUUACUGAUGUGCGCUGCUUACAAUGUAAACUACGGCACCUUGUAUUCCCCCGACCGCCAGGGACAGGUCAACAAAGCCAACGAAGACCAACGCAAGUUAUUGACUCCAGGCACGGACGCUUUGUUCCUCCACCAUCUACCCCGGAUUCUUGAUGAUGAGGGGCGCGCCCAUCACGUUCACGCCCCGAAUAUCGCGAAGGAGCUGUACGGCGAUCUGGCGGAGGACAAGCAGCUCUCCAACAAGGGCGACAAGGUGGGAUUGUGCAGGUUCUACGGGGCCAUUCGCAAAGCCAAGCAGGAGGAACGCAUAUGGGCACGCAGGCAGUACCUACUCGACACCGCCGCCGCCAAGUUGGGAUACUUGCCUAGAUCUUUCAACCUCACCGACAAGACUUUGAGUGCCCAGAAGGCAGCUGGAGCAGCAGGUUCGGGUGCAUCUUCUAGCAUGGCGCAAGGCAACAGGGAGAUAGAUAAGAUCCGAGCUGCCACAAAGAACAAAUUGGCUGGUGGAUUACAUUUGGCACAAGUGAUGUACAAUGACCGCAACAAGCAUCUGCAACGCAUGAUCCUUCGCGGGGCCACGGCGGCCGAGCAGUGGCAUUCCGAACAGAACAAGGCUUUGCGGUCCGUCAAGGAGGGGGUGCCAUGGUAUGUCAAGCAGGUUUCCGGCAAGAUGCACGGCCACAUCGUGGACACCGCCAAGGCUAUUUUUCAGUUUGAAAAGUACGAGCGCAUGGGAUUAAAACCAGUCUCAGCCUUCCCGGAGGAAGGCCCCGCUUUGGCAGAUUAUCCGACAGUUUGGCGCCUCCGCCGCCCGAGGCCCCGUGCAUCCCCCCUCUUCUUUCGCUUCCUGCCCCCCCGUGCGCCCGACCCCCGUGCCAGCCCGUCCCCCCCGACCCUCGCUGCGCCGCCCGUGUGA